AUGUCCUUUUUUUUUUUCAAACAUUCCCUUUGCAUUUUUUUUUCUGUCUUUCUUUCCUUUUUCUUUCAUUUUAAUUUUCUUUCUUUCUUUUUUUCUUUAUUUGGCUUUAUUUUUCAUUUUGCUUUAUUUUUUUUCAUUUUCCCGCCAUACAUUUUUUUUUCUUUUGAUUAUUAUUCUUGUCUCUAUUUUUUUUCUUUUUUCUUCUUUCCCUUCCUAUAUUUUUUUCUUUUUCGAUUUUUCUUUUCUCUAUUUUCCUUCUUUCAUUUUUCCAACCUUCCUUUUUCCUUAUAUUUUUCAUUCUUCUUUUUUUCUCUCCCUUCAUUUUCCCUACAAACAUUUUUCUUCCUUCAUUUUUUUUCAUUUUUGUUUCUUUCAUUUUUCUCCAUUUUUCUUCCUUCAUUUUACUUCCUUCAUUUUUCUUCAUUUUUCUUUCCUUCAUUUUUCUUUUCUUUAUUUUCUUCCUUCAUUGUUCUUCAUUGUUCUUCAUUUUUCUUUCGUUUAUUUUUCUUUCCUUCAUUUUCUUCAUUUUUCUUGCCUUUAUUUUUCUUCCUUCAUUUUUCUUUCCUUCAUUUUCCUUUUCUUUAUUUUCUUUCCUUCAUUUUUCUUUCCUUCAUUUUUCUUCAUUCUUCUUCAUUUUUCUUUCGUUUAUUUUUUUUCUUUCAUUUUUCUUUCGUUUAUUUUUCUUUCCUUCAUUUUCUUCAUUUUUCUUGCUUUUAUUUUUCUUCCUUCAUUUCUCUUUCCUUCAUUUUUCUUUUCUUUAUUUUCUUCCUUCAUUUUUCUUUCCUUCAUUUUUCUUCAUUUUUCUUUCUUUCAUUUUUCUUCAUUUUUCUUGCCUUUAUUUUUCUUCCUUCAUUUUUCUUCUUUAUUUUAUCUAUCAAUCUACCUCUUUACUCCAAAUGUGAAUUCUAUUUUUCUCUCUUUUUUUCUCUCUCUUCUUUUUUCUCUAUCUCUUUCUUUUUCUCUCUCUAUCUCUUUUCUCUCUCUUCUUUUUCCAUAGCCUAUCUACCUCUCUCUUUCACUACAUCCUCUCUCUCUCUCUCUCUCUCUCUCUCUCUCUCUCUCUCUCUCUCUCUCUCUCUCUCUCUCUCUCCUAUAGCCCCGGUCUGA